AUGCACUCUGCCGAUCGAAUGGAUCUGCUCGACAAGUGGGACCCGGAAUUUGAGGAUGUCGGCACGCUUAGUUUGGAUGAGAUUUAUCAAGAACUGAGUCGCCUCGAUGCUUUUGAGCGAUUCAUAAGUUCGAAGCAAGGACAGAAUGGUCCUGACAAUCCCGACAAGGAAGUUAACGAUGAUACCAAUGCUGGGAAGGAUGGUGAGGACAACCCAGAGACCCGACAGAAGACCGUACUCCGUGACAUCAACACACGCCGCAUCGCGCUUCGAGCUGGGGCAAUGGAACUUUCACGCGCGAAGAUCCGACCAACUACAAUAGUUGAUUUGCCUGCUGAUAUUCUGCUCCAGAUUUUUGGUUACUUCCAGGACUCAAGGAUCGGAAGACGGGCCCAAAUUGACUGGAGGUCGCCGGCCAGGGGCUGUGAAGAAGAUAUUGCCCGUAAGACUGCCCGCGAGACGAUCCGGCAAAUCCGCCUGGUCUGCAGCCUGUUCAACGAUCUGGCGUCUCCACUGUUGUGUCCAAUCCUCCGCGUAGAUCUGGACCAGGAAUCGAUGAAUGGGGCGGUCGAAUUGUGCAAACGUCCCCGGAUAGCUCAAGGAGUGCAUGCCAUCCAAGUCGGGCUGCAAUAUCGUCCAGAAGAGCUUGUCUCAGACUGCUCGCGAUUCAAGGACUAUUUCAAGCUGCAAUUGGAUGAAGUGGCCCAUCGCUGUGACUGGCUCUGGGGGAAUGAAUCAGACGACGAGACAGAAGGCCGGGAAGACCUGAGGGAAUAUCGAGAAGCGACACGCAAUCACGACAAAGUCCGUAGUUCGUGGGACGCCUAUUUUCACUCCGACGAGAGUGACGAAAAUGACGAGAAUGAUGAUGUCGCCGAAGCAGAGGCGGAUGAGCACAUGGGGAUCCUCGUCCGAGGUUAUAAUGAAUAUUGUAAAAAGCAUGAAGAGCAGCUGCAGCUCAUCACCAGUGGAUCCUUCGUCACCAUGCUUGCACGUUGUAUCUCCCAACUGCCCAACACGGUGACCCUGGGCUUCACAGACGAAAUGGAACCACUAUAUGAUCGGAAUAACUGGACAAUUUUAAUGAGAGACAUGAGUUUGCUUCCCGGAAUGAUGAGCGCAGCGCUACAGUGGGAAAAGAUUGAUAAUUUGCGCCAUGGCAAUGAUCUACUUACGCGUGAUGCCAAACUUACGCCCGCCAGGAUCUUGUUUGACCUGCCGGUUGCCAUACACAAAUCCGGAAUCAAGCUGAGGUAUCUUGACCUUGGACCGUUCCCAUGCCGAAGCAGUUUUUCUCUGCUCUGUCCCGAAACCGUGAGCAAUCCCACCGACUCAGCAGCAUGGUCAGCUCUUCGAGCGGCGUGCAGCAGCCUCUGGAGAGUCGAGUUCAAGGCGUUCUUUCAGUACCGGUACAUCCGCUACGAGCACCUCCGACCGGAUGAAAAGCACUAUGUCGAUCAGUACCUCAGCACAGUACUUUGCAGUGCAGAUCUAAAAACUGUGUCGUUGAACUUGUAUUCGUUUGGCCUCAAUGAUGGCCGCACUACGAUGCAGGGCUGGUACGAUAUAAGCCCCGUUCUUAGUGCUGUCAAUUGGCCACGGGUCGAACGUAUAAGCAUCUCGAAUGUCUCUUCGAAGCAAGAUGAGCUAGAAAGCUUUUGCUCCGGGCUGGGACCCUCAACGCGGCGCCUUUCAUUGCGGGCUAUACACCUUUUGGAUGGCAGCUGGGAAGGUAUUCUGCGUACAUUGGACGAGAAGAUGCGGUCUACGUUCCUUGAACAGAAUGUCAGAGUGUAUCUGAGUGAUCUGACGGGGGGAGAGUUUGGAGAGGUAGAGAUCAGGGAAAGAACCCCCCUCUUCGGGUUCGAGGACUCGGAUGACGAGGUGGAGCCGCCCAAACCACCUCCUGCGGCAGGGGAGUUGUUGAAGAAGCAAUACGCUCCAUUCUUCUCUAUCUGGUAG